UACAGGGUGGAGAGGAAUGUACUAUCUCGUUAGGGGGAGAGCAACUAGGAGUGCAUAUCAAGGUGUAUAGAAAUUUUUAUAUGAGAGACUGACUUGAUUUGUCAACUUUCACUUAGAACAGUAAAAAAAGGAAAGAAAAGAAAAGAAAAUUAGAAGUUUUGGUUCCCAGUCAAUAGUCAGCACUGAGAAAAAUAAACCAGUCAGUCUGUGGUUACUUGCUUCCUUCAAUGAAGUAUUUUCAGGGCCCUCCUCAGCCAGGCUUCCAUCAGCACUUAGGAAAGCCCCAUCUGACCAUUGACUGUGCUGUGCACCAAGGAUAAUAGAGAUGAGGAAGGCAUGCUUUGCUCUGGCACCAUGAAAACUGAUAUCUUACCAUGAGCAAAGCUCUGCCUUGGCAUUUAAGAAACAAACGAACAGAGUUUCUGUUGGGUUAUCUUCCUAGGUAUAGAAAGACCUUCAAAAUUAAAGAUAAAAUACCACUGAACACCAUGUGGAUGACAGACUGUGAUGACACCAAUGCCAAGAGGUCCCUUGUUUUGGGCUGGCCCACCGUGAACUUCACAGCCACCUUUAGUUCUUCAGAACAAAAGGAACAAUGGCGCUCUUCCCUUCGAAGGUACAUCAAUCUAGCCAAAGAGAAAGACCACCCGAAGAGCAUUCCCCUGAAAAUCUUUACUGAGGACAUCGAGAACUGUGCCUGUCCUAUAAGUUUAACAGUAACAAAUUCAGAUACAACCAAUGACAUUAUCGACAAGUCACUACCAAUGCUUGGAAUAACUGUAAGUUACCUGCAAACAAUUUUUAGUUAAGAAUAAACUUGGAUUUUUGAGAGUUGCGUGUGUGUGUGUAUAAAAUACAACUCCUUUCAUAAGGCAGCUGAUUGUUAUAGAUACCUAAGGCAUAUUUUGUCCUCCAGAAUUUAGAAAUUGAAAGCCUCGAAACUCUGAUAUUACUUUCUACACAGGUGCUGUUCUUAUACUCCAGUUUUAAAUUCCAUGUCACCUUGAAGUCAUAGAAUAAUUAAAUUGAACUAUAGUUUUAGAGUGCUAAUAACAGCAUGUAUUUUUACUGUAUAUAUUGUAUAUAUAAAAGACCAAAAACCCCUUGCCAUCAAGUCGAUUCCGACUCACAGCAAGUGUAUAGGAAAGAGUAGAACUCUCCCAUAGAGUUUCCAAGCAGCAGCUGAUGAAUUUGAACUGCUGACGUUUUGGUUAGCAGCUGAGCUCUUACCCACUGAGCCACGAGACCUCCAUUAUAUAUGUAUACAACAAAAUUUUUAUAAGAUUUUUAGUGAGAUAGUUGUAACCUCCUCCGCCUUACCUGUUCUGUUUUACUGUUCUUUCUGAACCUCCUUUCCUGGUUCUUCCCCUCCCGUACCUCAUUUAUCCUAAUUGUCACUCUAGGACUCAAACUCAGUAUGAUGGAUCCUACAGGACGUGUUUUGUAGUAAAUUUUGAUGUGAAGAACCCACGGCUAGAAGUCAUAGCCCCUGACUGCAGGUCCUGAGGAUGAGAUGACUGAUGCCUCUAAUGAGUUGCUAACGAGGGAGACAAGUUCUGAACGAGACUAUGAAUUUAGG